AUGCUGUUGCCCAAAAAAUCAACCAUUCUUCUCCUAUUGUUAUAUUAUUUGGCAAUCCAAUGCUCAAUAUCCCGUGCUAUACCUUCACGCAGUUAUUGGAAAACCAACCAACAUAACGAAGGGACAAAUAGUCCAAGUGACAAGCCAGAUUUCUCCUAUCAGCCUAACACUGAACAAGAAGCCAAUAAUUUUCUGCAACCGAGAAACUUCAAUGAGGAUUUAAAAAUCAAUGCUGACGGUAUUAACAUACCAAAAGAUGUCACUAAAACAUAUACCGUCAUCGUUUAUACUCCAACGUCUCAGACUCCAGAGACAGUCAUUGUAUACACACCAACCAACAGCAAUCAAAGAACUGUCAUCGUCUACUCCCCGUCAAGCUCACCAACAGGAGGAAGUUCUAAACCACCAAAUGAAACACCCACUUGGACCAGUUCUGCUUCAUCAGCAGCCGCCACAAUCAUUACAACUCCCAAUGUGAAGCCACCACUUCGGUACCAAACAUCAACUCAAGCUCAACUGAUUCUGUUUCAACAAUGCCAACUGCCUCAAAUGGCACUGCUGUACUGACUUCUUUCACGACUGUUCCUAGUUCACCUAGUCAUUCUAGAUCUUCUAGCGAAGUGACUAGUUCGAUCCCAG